AUGAGCCUGCACAUGAGAGCCAUUGUGUCCAGCCCAUCACUAGAGUCAGGGAUGUGUAAAUCGGAUGUGCAGGUUGCUGGUCAACAGCCUCCUAAGAGCAAACGUCCAAAGGAACAAGGAGACAACAGAAUCAAACCUACUAACAAAAAGGCCAAACCCAAGAUUCCGAAAAUAAAGGACAGGGACUCAGCUGACACACCACCAAAGAGCCAGUCCAUCAUGGUGCAAGCAAUGGACGGCGGUCGCUUCCAGAAGCCUGCUGCUACGAUGAGUCUGAUGGCAGGGCAGACUGUAGAGCUCCGAUGUAAAGGAAGCAAAGUGGAGUGGAGUUACCCCACCUACCUGGAUACCUUCAAGGACUCCCGUCUCAGUGUGAAGCAGAACGAACGCUACGGGCAACUGACGCUAGUCAACUCCUCCUCAGCCGACACGGGUGAAUUCAGCUGCUGGGGGCAACUGUGCAAUGGCUACAUCUGUAGACGAGACGAGUCCAGAACGGGCUCCACCUACAUCUUCUUCACAGAGAAAGGAGAGCUGUUUGUACCUUCUCCCAGUUACUUUGAUGUUGUCUACCUGAACCCGGACAGACAGGCUGUGGUCCCUUGUCGAGUAACAGUGCUAUCAGCCAAAGUCACGCUCCACAGAGAGUUUCCUGCCAAAGAAAUCCCUGUCAAUGGAACAGAUAUAAUUUAUGACAUGAAGAGAGGCUUUGUAUACCUUCAGCCUCAUUCUGAUCACCAGGGUGUGGUCUACUGCAAAGCAGAAGCUGGGGGCAAAUCACAGAUCUCCGUCAAGUAUCAGCUGCUCUAUGUAGAAGUUCCCAGUGGCCCUCCGUCAACCACCAUCUUGGCCUCCUCCAACAAAGUGAAUGGCGGUGAUGACAUCAGUGUGCUCUGUACUGUCCUAGGGGAGCCUGACGUUGAGGUAGAAUUCAGGUGGAUCUUUCCUGGGCAGAAGGACGAAAGGCCCGUGGCCAUUCAAGACACCUGGAGACUGAUCAACAGAGGACUGGGGCACACCACAAGAAUCUCCCAGAGUGUCAUUACCAUUGAAGACUUUGAGACCAUUGAUGCAGGAUAUUAUAUAUGCACGGCUCAGAAUCUCCGAGGACAGACUACAGUGGCUACCACUGUUGAGUUUUCCUGACUUGCAAAAUGAAGACAGUGAACUGAUGGGCAGCCAUCAAGGUACUUUUUUUUUUUUUUAAGUGCUUUGUGGGAAGCAGAUA